CUUUUUCAUUGUGUCCGAUAUGCUUUUGUUACCAAAUCAUUUUUCAGCAGCGAAUACCAUACGCGCAAAAUGGACACGAUGUGUGGCUUCAGGGCGCGAACAGUGAUCUGCUUCCCAAAAUUUUGCCGACGACAUCUUACAGUCCGGCGUUCAAUGAGUUUAGUUUUGCACCACGGUCUAUUGGGGACGGAAAAACUUAUGUUGAAGCAUCUUUUUCGAUGUUUCAGGUCAGUUUUUCUCUGUUACAACGAGUUUUUUUGCUUUCACAGUUAUUCGAAACUCUUGCUUAGUUUGCGGGGACAAAAAAAAGUUGUUGUUUUUCAGGAACUAGGUUUUAUUGAAAAAUAUCAUAUUGAUAAGGCAAAACUUGCACGUUUUAUAUUAUUAGUGUCAAAAGGUUAUCGGGACGUCCCAUAUCACAAUUGGUCUCAUGCUUUCGCUGUAUCACAUUUCUCUUAUCUUCUUCUGCGUACUAAAUCUGUCCAAGAAAAACUAACUGACAUAGAACGUUUUGCCUUAUUAGUGGGUAGCCUCUGUCACGAUAUUGAUCAUCGUGGGACCAGUAAUAAGUUUCAGAUGGAUUUGAACACUAGGCUGUCGAGGAUGUUUCAAUCUAAGGGUUCGAUUAUGGAACGUCAUCAUCUAAACCAAACACAGUUGAUUCUAAAGAAACCAGAGUUCAACAUAUUAAGCGGGUUGAGUGCUGAAGUAAUAAAGGCAAAUAUAAAUGAUAUCAUACUUGCUACGGAUAUCUCUGUGCACUUGAAGAAGACUGAUCUUUUUGAGAAAAUGAUCAAAGAUGGAUAUAAUAAGGAACUGUUGGAACAUCGCCUUUUGUUUAAAGGCUUAUGUAUGACUGCUGCAGAUUUAUCUGAUCAGUCGAAAGAUUUUCACAACUCGAAAUCUAUUGCGGCCAAUAUUUACUGUGAGUUUUUUGCGCAAGGGGAUUUGGAACAACACGUUUUCAAAGCGCUUCCGGCCGUCUCAAUGGAUAGAGAACGUGCUGAUCUUCCGCAAGUUCAGUUGGAUUUCUUGGAUGGAAUAGGAAUCCCUACUUAUAGGCAUUUAGCUAUGCUAAUUCCUGAAGUACAGGAAACUUAUGAAGCAAUUUGCUUUAAUAGGAAGUGUUGGGCGAAGCUUGGCGAAAUCCUGAAGCGUGACGGGUUAACUGUGAGGGAUGUGGAUUAUUUAUCAGAUGCUAAUCUUGAAGAGCAAGUGAUGAAUGAAUUAGGAGGUUUUGGUAUUUCUUUUCUUGCUUAG